AUGGGCACCUUUGGCUAUACCGAAACCAUCGAAGGCGAUGUGUACAUCCAGCGCUUGUCCACCUACGUGAGGCGAAACGAGGAGGCGCUCGCCAACGGACUCCUCUGCUUCUCCAAGAACCGCAACACCGCCAUCAAGGUCAAGCCGUUGCGGCUCACCUUCACCAUCCACCACCUCUACUACAUCACCGAGCGGAUUGAGUCCUCGCCGUUGGGCGUGGACGUGGGGCCUCUCAACGUCAAGCUCGACAACCCCAACCACGAGCCCACGUUCAUCUCGUUUAUGGCCAACAACGCCCGGGCCUCCAAGCAUUUCGACAGCGACACCCGCUCCAUCUCCUCCAUCAACUCCAUGAAAUCCAUCGUCUCCAGCGCCUCCGUCUACUGGAGGUCCUUCGCCCUCAGCAAGGACCCCAAAGUCAUCAACAAGGACAUUAAGUACUUGUACUCGUCCUUCACCAAGAUCCCCUGCCUCAUCUUGACCCCCAAGACCAAAAUAAACAGCAUCACUUCCUACGAAGAAUACCCGUGUGACACCUCGGUGCCCCUCAAAAUGUUCAAGAAUUUGCAAGUGUUGGAAAUCGUGGACUACGACCCUAACGAAGUCUUCGGCUGGCAUAUCCUCAGCGAACAGCUUCGGAUUUUGAUUGUUCGGAACUCAAAGUUGAGUUCUAUCAACGAACUUCUCUUCAAUCUCGUAAUCGAUGACGAGUCGGGCCGGUCUACUUUCAAUACCCAUAAACAGACCAGGAAAUUCAACGACUUAUUCCAUUCUUCGGGCACGGCUACUUCUGUCCCCGCUGACGAGUCUUUCUCUGAAGAUGUCAUUCAAGCUGGUAAUAAUGCAUUUAGAUACCCCAAACGUGAAAGGGCUACUACUACGUCAGGAGCUGGCUCCUUACCUAAAGAGUCCUUUUUCGCCGAAUUGAAUUCAUCCAAUCCCACUACCAAAGACUAUCAGACCUUGCCGGACUCUAAAUGGUCAUAUUUGAAGCAGUUAACAGUUUCAGAAACAUCCAUAACAUCCAUCCCCGCAUUUAUAUUCAAGCCAUUGACUAAUUUAGUCAAGCUCAACCUUUCAAAUAACUUACUCGAAGAGUUGCCUGACGGAUUGGAUCAAUUGAUAAACAUCAAGUACUUGAAUUUCGCUGAUAAUUACAUCACGGAUUUGCGCAAACUUCCCACCAACCUUGCUUACUUGUCGGCCAUCAAUUUUAACAACAACAAAUUGAGCGACUUGUCUGGGUUAGAGAAUUUGAGUAGUUUGGAAAAAAUUGAUUUGAGAAGAAAUGAGCUUCAAUCUUUACAGUCAUUGAAACCUAUUGUGUUACAAUUCAUAAAGAACCCACAGGUGUUCAACAACGUUUACCUUUCCAAUAACAAGUUACCUAAGACAUACAGAAGUGAUUUGUUCAAUUUAAUCAAUGGUGCCAAAUACAAAAACAAUAUGAAAAUCGAUGAUUCAAGGCCCGGUUACUUUGAAAGUGCACUUCUCUUGGACUCUGAAAAUUCAUUCAAAUACUUGGAAAAGUUCUUAAAAGAAUCAGACGUUUCCAAAGAGCAUACACCUGCUGACCACGAUGUUACGGCAAUUUUCAAUGGUGUUACACAAGAUCCUAGCCCUCCAACACCAAUCCCGGACUACAAAAAAGGACACCGCAGGGCGCAUACAUUGGAAGCUUUGAUGGAACCAUUUUCAGUCAUGAAGAUUGUUGCUGAGAACGAUGAAAAUGCCGACAAGCAAAAGCGAAAAUAUGAACUUUCACAUAGCGUAUUUACCACUUCACCAACAGUUGUCCAGUCAGAUUCCAACAGCAUCAGCUCAACUCUGAAAACACCAAACUCUCCGUUGAGCACCAACCAUAACCUCAUCAACAAACUUGAACUUCCGUCUACCUAUUCUUCCAAAGCCACACUUCUAUCAGUUCAUUUGAACGGAUCAAAUCCUUCAAUUUCGGGUAGCCCAUCCAACAUGAAGAAAUCCUCUACCCUCUCACAGCUAGACAUGGAGACUGCAUCAAUCAGUACCACGACUGCACCCAACGUGGUCACCCCCGUUCAAGUUACUGCCCGAAUGAGCACUUAG